GAAAUAGUCAAAUAUUUUUCUCAUCAACAACUGAAUUGAUUUCUAAUUUCUUGUUUUGUUUUUCUUAAUUAGUGACCUUUUAUAUUAAAUUAGUUACUUUUUAAUGUCUUUUUUGGAUGGAGUAGGUACUGUUGAUGAGGAAGAUGAUGAUAUACCGGUAAUUUCUCUUGGCAUGGAAGAAUCGUUUCUUGGUAAGAAAAGAUUUCUAAUUGGAUUAGUGUUGGCAAUUACCUCGACAAUUUUUAUUGGCACCAGUUUCAUAAUUAAGAAAGUUGGUCUCAGUAGACUAAAUCGUAAAGGUUCAUUACGUGCUGGUGCUGGUGGAUAUGGUUACCUAAAAGAUUGGGUUUGGUGGGCUGGUUUCUUAUGCAUGGGUUUCGGUGAAUUGUUCAAUUUUAUAGCUUAUGCAUUCGCACCCGCAUCUUUGGUUACUCCAUUAGGAGCUUUAUCAGUUCUAGUCACUGCUUUACUGGCAACUAAAUUUCUUAAAGAAGAGCUCAAUAUACUAACUACGAUUGGAUGUGUAAAUUGCAUCUUUGGUUCUACUGUAAUUGUUUUACAUGCACCAAAAGAAGGGCAAAUUAAGAGCAUGGAACAAUUAAACACUAUGCUGACCGAACCAGCGUUUAUUAUUUACCUUCUUUUCGUUCUCAUUGCUUCUUCCAUUCUGAUUGGUUUUGUUGCUCCUAAAAGUGGCGAUAAGAACGUAUUAGUUUAUAUCGCUAUUUGUUCACUAAUUGGAUCGCUUUCAGUGAUGUCUUGUAAAGGCCUUGGAUUAGCGUUGACCGAAACAAUUUCCGGAAUCAACAAUGGUUUUCAACGAGGACUUUUCUGGUUCCUUUUGGUUUGCACGAUCAUCACCAUAGCCACUCAAAUGAAUUAUCUAAACAAAUCUCUCGAUAUUUUUGAUGCAACAGUUGUUACUCCGAUUUAUUAUGUUUUCUUUACGACUUUUGUCCUAAUUGCUUCGUCCAUACUCUUCCAAGAAUGGAACAACAUGAAAGCUGAAGAUAUAGUUGGAACUUUAGCUGGUUUUGUCAUUGUGAUCGCCGGUGUUUUCAUGAUCAACUUUUUCAAAGAUGGUAAAUUCAGCUCAGUAGACUUACCUCAUGGUAGUCGACGGAACUAUAGUCAAUAUUCACCGUUACUCAAGUCUUUUCAAUCAAAUAGUGCCAAUAAUAAUGCUGAAGAUUCUAAUUCAGUGCAUGAAAAUAGUUCCAAUUCACAUAAACAUGUUCCAAGGAAAAAGAGACGAGGACGAUUGAACAAAACUCGACAGGGUGUUGAUAAUUUUUCUUCAUCCGAUGAAGGUGAAAUUCGAGCUGAUCUUCAUACUUUUAAAUCGUCCAGAGAAAUACCAUAAAUAAGUCGCAUUAAUUAAUCACCUUGAGUUGAUAAAAUUCACUUGUAUCUUCCUCGAAACCAGUGAUUCAACUUUUCUUUCAUAUCAACAAUUUGGUCACAGUGAGAAAAUCAAUGGAAAAGAGUCAAGACUUAAGUACAACAAAAAAUAUAAUUAAUUUCUCUCCUAUCACAGUUAAUCAAUUAUUUCGUAAUUUCUUGUUAUCAUUCCAUUUAGCAUGUUAAUCGAAGCUAAAUUAGUAUUUAUUGACUUAUUUUACAAUUAUAAUCAAAUGUUUCUUUUUAAAUCAUAAAUCAAAUAAAUUAUAUAAAUAAAUUAAUCUAA